AACGAAUGAGUAUAAAUAUAAAUAAAUAAUUAAAAAUCAAAAGUUAACCAAAACAAUUAAAUCCGCGCGGGCUUAUCGCCGUCGACACCGGUUUCCAGUCGCCGUGCCACCGCCCGGAUAAUGAGUAAUAGGGAAGUCCACUUGAGGCUCUGCAGCCUAAUCCGCGAUUCACUGUGUCCAUAUGCUGAGCUUUUGCCUACUUCCUUUACCAAAGAAAACGUGAAGGACCUGUUGAUCGCCCUCUCUCGAGUUUGCUCACAAAUCAAGCUGUGGAAGUUGGAUUUCCCAUCCGAUUCUGACUCCGACUCAGAUGUUGCUGGAGGUUCUCCUGGCGUUAUGGAUUGUAGUGUUAUCCACCGCUCGGAUACUGAGAUCCAUCCCUGUUUAUCUAAGGCCAUCAGCGUCUUGAUGGAGUUGCUGGAUAUUGAAAAUUCAUACGUACAACACUUAGUGGGUAACAUUUUGGUGGAAACUUCUAAUUUCUUAGUUGCAUCUGGAAGUAGCUGGUUUGAACUUAAGCAGUUAUUUUCUCUCUUGGAUAUGUCAAUUUUUAGUUCUACUUCAUCUUCUACUGGAUGUAUAAUGGUGGAGGUAAAUCCAUCAACCUCUGUUUCACCCGUUAAACUCCACCAUAAAAGUAACAAUUGGGUAUCAAUAGCUGUCAUCACUCAAGUUUUAAGAAGGAUAGUGAAGAAUGCAAAACGAGACGCUGAUGAUCACAUUUUGAAGUUGUGCUUCGAGGCCACAAACUCUUUAAUAUCAAAUGUGCCAUGGGAUUUGUUGCAUGAGAUUUUUGUCUGUCAAACGAACAAGUCUUUGGGAGACCUCAAUGCUGAUGGUUUGUUUCAAUGCCAAGAUGCAAAACCAAAACCAGCAAUUUUGUUUCUUGGAAGUUUCAUUCAGUUGUUGUGUUCAUUGGCCGAGAUGAUAAGCCUGCCGCUAGAAGCCAUUACUGAUGAUUUGCAUAAGCACACAGUUAUUAGUGAGAUCAGAAGCAUCCUUCCUAGGCUCCUAGAUACUAAUGAUCAGGCUCAGUUCUGGAGUCCAGUUGGAUGGUUCUGUUCUUCAUUCAUGGCUGAAUCUCAUCCACCUUUACUUUCAAGACAUCUUAUGCCUACCAAUAGCUGGAGUGGAGUCUGAUCUAGAUAAAUGUCUUGAGGGCUCACCAUUUUGGGAAAAUACUUAUGAUGCAGAAAAAGAGAACAUGACAUCCAGACAUUUGCAAAGGCUGGCUAUUUUUCUUUUUCUAAGAUGUUCCUUUUGCAUGGUCAAUAUGGAGAGAAGUGGACAAAACCGUGCAUUUACUGACCACGAUUGUCACUCUGCUGUUAAUCUGAAAUCAGAUUUAAGCAAAGGUUUGAAAGAGAUCCAUGAGUGGCUCCAACUUGUUUCUAAUGAUGAUGCUUUUUUGGACCACAAGAAAUGUGCUGAAUGUAUUUUAAGCUUUCAGUUGUGCUUCCUUCAGCUUUAUAUGCAUGAGGAUGAUAUUCUGUUUCAGAUGCUCCUGCAACUGCUUUGUAUUUCCCCACUCUCUGAGGAAUGGUUUGUUAAAGAAGGAAUGCCAUCAGCAGAUGUUAAAAUGGCUUCCAUUGUUUCAGACCUUUUUAAUCCUAUAUGUGUAUUUCACCAUUUUCUAGCAGAGAUUAGCUAUGAUCAUCAAGUUCUUCUGGAUUAUCUUAUCUCAAAAGAUACAGGAGCCAGUUCUGCUGAAUAUCUCCUAAGGCAUGUGAUGAUCUGUAUUGCUCUUUAAAAAAAGAUGGUAAAGGAUUUGCGAGUAAGAAAUUUGGAACUACAGCACACCAUUUGAACAAGUCCAAAAAUCACAUUCUUGAACCAUGUUGUUCUUAUCCAGCCAUAGAUAUACUAUUUUAGUGUUUGGCAUGUCUCUUAUGCUGUGCUUGCGCAUGGUAUUUCAGUCUUGGAGCUUAUUUCAAACUUUCCCAUGGAGCAUAAAAAAUGAAAUUCAAUUAUGUCAAAAGAGAAGAAAAACAUCAGUAGAUCGUCCGAGUUUUUCAGGGGAGUUGUCCACAUCAGUGAAUGAUGGGAUUUGUUUUCCAUUUGAACUAGAUCACCAGAUGAGAGGAAAACAUUAUGGUGCUGUUGCUGACAGAACUGAGAGAGUUCCUUUCGAGUGUGCUAGUAGUUGUUUAUUGGAACUGAAAGCAUCUAUUGAAAGCCUUCAUCAAAAGAAUCUUUUUCCAUAUAACCCGCAAGUGUUGUUACAGCGAUUGUCGAGAUUUCAGGAGCUCUACCAAA